AUGUCGGCAGCGACGAUGUCAACAUGUCUGACCGUGGUCUGGAGGACCUGCAACGUUUUCAUGUCGGUGUUCUUCGCUCUCGCCUCAUACGUGCAGAUCAAUGACCCGGAUGCGGCGCUGUGGAUGGUCGGCUACGGCGUCCCCGCGCUCCUCUGUGCUGUCAUUGGCUUCAACCCACGUGUGACAGAGUCUGUGGUGUGGAGGCGUGUGGCUGAUUUCCAUGUGUUGAUCUCCUCCGCCGCCGUGUCCAUGCUGGGGUGGAAGCUUCACAAACUGAAGACCACUGAUGUGUUUCAGCAGGAGGAGGGGAGGGAGUUUUCCGGCCUCUUGAUCACAGUGCUGUGGUUUCUGUUGUGUCGUCACUCCGGCAGGUCUGCAGUGGGGACGCUGCGGGUGGCCACAGCGGUUGCCAUAACAACGUUCCCAUUUGUGGCCUGGCUUUACUACUACAUCAACCAGGAGCUGAGAGCCUCCUGGCCCUCUCAUUGCAAAACUGCCAUCUAAGACUGAACCAGUCAGUGCUGGACUGAAAAUGACCAAAGAGCUGCUCAAUGUCUGUUUAUUGCUGCAAAAUAAUGGUUGAUUAAAAUUGUCUUUCAGUAAGCACAACAA